UAGCACCAUCAGUCGAUCGCAAGUGGUGCUCGCAGGCGGGAGCUGCUGGAAUCGAACGGAACUUUAUUGGCCUCAAAAAUCGCCGAUCACUUCUUCAUCUGUUGUUAAUAUUUUUUUCCGUGCUUUUGAAACUUUGUUUUUCUGUGUUUCGGUGUUUUUUGGCCAAGGCUUUUAACUUUUGACGGUUUCGCUCAUAAAUAUUACCUCCUUGUAAAUAUAUACAAAUCGCUGUGCCAAUCACGUAAAAUGAGGUUAGUGUGGAGCAAGAAGCUCUUCCUGUGGCUGCUGCUGGCGGCCUUGAUUGUGACCGCCCUGACUUUGGGUCUGGUCUUCGGGCUGCGGGAUCGGGAUGCGCGCUACAUCAGCGGCGCGGUGGUGUCCAACGGAAUCGGAUGCGCCGCCGUCGGGGGCGAUGUGCUGACCGACGGCGGUUCGGCGGUGGACGCCUCCAUCGCCACGCUCCUCUGCGAGGGACUGCUGCUGCCCCACUCCAUGGGCAUUGGCGGGGGCUUCGUGGCCGUCAUCUACUCGCGGAGCACUCGCAAGGUGGAGACCCUGAUUGCCAGGGAAUCGGCACCGGCGUCCGCGCACAAGGACAUGUUCGUGGGCCAGUCGGAGAUCACGGGCGCCUGGGCGGGAGCUGUGCCCGGCGAGAUCCUGGGCUACUGGGAGAUGCACCGUCGCUACGGCAUCCUGCCCUGGAAGCGCCUCUUCGAGCCGUCCAUCAAGUUGGCGCGAGAGGGCCACGUGGUGUCCCGCUAUCUGGCCUCUGCCAUCCAGCAAAAGAUUGACAAUAUCCGGGCGGAUCCCGGUCUGUCCGCCGUGUUCCUUAAUGGAAGCGGUGACCCCUUCGUGGAGGGCGACUACAUGAAGCGCCCCGCCCUGGCGGACACGCUGGAGAGGAUUGCCGAGAACGGGGCCAAGGAGUUCUACGACGGCGGCGAGACGGGUCGCAAGUUCAUCGAGGACAUCCGCAGCAUGAACGGCACCCUCACGGAGCAGGACCUGCGCGACUACAAGGUCCGCUGGGAGAGCGAUGGCCACGUGGCGGCCCACGUGAGCAACAGCUACACCCUCUACUCCACGCCCAUGCCGAGCAGCGGGCCAGUGCUGACCUUCAUCCUGAACCUGAUGGCCGGACUGCACACGGAGGACGAGCAGGUCUACUGGCAGCGGGCCGUGGAGGCCUUCAAGCACGCCUACGGACAGCGCACCAAUCUGGGCGAUCUCUACGCCGAUCCCGUCAGCAAUGCCUCCAUCAAUGCCACGCUGGAGCAGAUGCUGCAGCCGGAGUUCCUGGAGAGCAUCAGGAAGCUGAUCCACGACGACCACACUUCGCAGGACUAUCUCGACUACGGCGCCAACUUCACCAUAGAGGCGGAUCACGGCACCGCCCACAUGAACGUCCUGGCCACCAAUGGAGAUGCCGUCUCCAUUACCAGCACCAUCAAUAACUAUUUUGGCUCCAAGGUGGCCUCUCCGCAGACGGGCAUCAUCCUGAACGACGAGAUGGACGACUUCUCCACGCCGGGCGUGAUCAAUGGCUUCGGGGUGCCCGCCUCGCCGGCCAACUACAUUUAUCCCGGCAAGCGGCCCAUGUCCUCGAUGAGUCCGUGCAUCGUGGUCGACCAGGAUGGCAAUGUGCGUCUGCUGGUUGGAGCAGCAGGUGGCACUCGCAUCACCACCAGUGUGGCAGCUGUGAUCAUGAAGUACCUGCUCCGCGGAGAAUCCUUAACGGCGGCGGUGAACAAUGGCCGUCUGCACCACCAGUUGGCUCCCAUGCGCGUGAGCUAUGAGCACGAGGUGGACGAGAGUAUCACCUCCUACCUGCAGCAGGUGGGCCAUGUGAUGUACGAGGAGCCCGCCGGGUCCAGCUUCGCCGCAGUGACCGCCAUUGGAGCUCUGGAGCAGCCGGAGCCCUUCUACGAUCGCCGUCGCAUCGGCAGCUCGCUCACCCUGGCGAAAACCAACAAGAUGCAGCAUUAGAUCGGGCCUCCCGUGAUGAGGUCCUGAUUCCGUGAUUUUAUUUAUUUAGCCUAGUCCGUAAGUGGCGUGUGGAAGCCCUGUAAAUAAUCGUUAGCAGUAUUUCGAAUAGAGAGUACCGUCGAAAAUUCGUUUUAUGUACAUAACAGGCUGUGAUUGCCCAAAUAGCCAAAUAAAUGGAUUUUUAUUUUGAUACAGUA